AGCCCCACCGGAGGAGCUGACAGGGAAUCUCCCGAAGCCCCGGCCGGUGGGGCGGGGCGGCGGCGAGGGGAGGAGGCGGGCUCUCCCCCGCCCCCCGCCUUGGCUUCCCUGCGGCCGCCCCGGCUUGCGGCCCUCGCGGCGGGCGGCAGGGCAUGUCCGCGGCGCAGGUGUCGGCGGCGCCCGCCGAGCGGCGGGGCUGGGGCGCUGAGGAAGGUGGACCCGCGGUGAACCGCCCCCGGGAGUCGGAGGAGAGCCGGCAGCCGGAGCUCGGCGAGGAGGCCGCGGAGGAGAGCGGCCGGCGGCGGCCGGUGGUGGAAGCCCCGCCGCCCAAGGAGAACCCGUGGACGAGGCGCAGAGCGGCGCGGGACAGCCCCUCCCCGCCCUCGGCGGACGGGCAGCUCGGCCCGGAGGACCCAGAACUACAGAAUUUCACUAAAGUUAUAAAAGCAGCAAAACCCAGGACAAGGAAAAGCAGCAAGGCUGAUGAUUUUGGUGAUAUCACAAACUGGCCAACACCAAGUGAAAUAGCAAGCAAUGAAUGUAAGACUACAAGUCACAGUAAAAAGACGACAAAUAGAAGAGAAAAGGAGGAGAAAACUGAUCAAAAAAGCAAUAAUGGAAUCAAGGACAACUCAGAGGCAAAGCCAGAUGGUCCAGGAGAUAACACCAGUGAAGAUGAAGCUCAAACUAAUAACCAAAGGAAGAAAGGUAACAAGCAGAAAUGGGUGCCACUUCACUUGGAUGAUGUAAGGACAGACAGUCAAGAAAGACCAGGCUCUCGAACCAGCUCAAGGUUUCUGCUGGAAUCAAACAAGCUAAUACCUCACAACAACAGACGGAGUGAGACAAGAAAUUGGCGUCGUGAUAGAGAGAAGAGAGAUGAUCAAGAUGAAGUGUGCAGUGUGAGAAGUGAGGGUGGCAGUGUCAGAGGAUUCUCCAGGGGCAGAGGAAGAGGGAGAGGCAGAGGAAGAGGUCGAGGCAGAGGAAACCCUCGAAUGAGCUUUGAAUAUUCUGUUGGUUAUCAAGAACUGUAUGGUGAAGGAACUGACCAAGUGUUCCAACCUGAGCUCAAUGCUAGCGUGAUGUACUACUAUGGUGAUGGAACAGGAAUGCAGAUGUAUUCCGUGGAUGAAGCACUUCUCAAAGAAUACAUAAAACACCAAAUUGAGUAUUAUUUUAGCACAGAAAAUUUGGAAAGAGACUUCUUCCUGAGAAGAAAGAUGGACCAGCAAGGAUUUCUGCCUGUUUCAUUGAUUGCUAGUUUCCGUCGUAUGCAGGCUCUCACUACAAAUCCUGCGCUCAUUUUGGAGGCCCUAAAGGACAGCACAGAAGUUGAAACUGUGGAUCAGAGGAUAAGAAAAAGGGUUGAUCCAGAGAAGUGGCCGAUCCCAGGUCCUCCGCCAUGCAGUCUGCCACCAACUGACUUUUCUCAGCUCAUCAAUUGUCCAGAAUUCAUACCAGGCCAAAUUUUUGGCUCACAUACUGAGUCUGCUCCAAGCUCUCCAAGAAUGGGAAGCCCCCUAAGUCCCAAGGAAAACACUGAAACAAGUAAUUUUCAGACAAUGUCUAAAGGAUUGUCUACGAGUUUGCCUGAUUUGGACUCUGAACCUUGGAUAGAAGUGAAGAAGAGGCAUCGUGCAUCCACGGUCAAACUGAAGGAAAGUGGUGCUGUACCUCAUCAAACAUCAGCUCAACAACACCCACCUCCAGAGGAGCAAGAGCAAGAGGAGCUUGAUUUUUUGUUUGAUGAAGAGAUGGAACAAAUGCAGGGUCGGAAGAAUAAAUUUACCGAUUGGUCAGACAGUGAUUCUGAUUAUGAAAUUGAUGACCAGGAUGUAAACAAGAUUUUGAUUGUGGCACAGACACCACCAUAUAUGAGAAAACAUCCUGAUGGAGAUCAUACUGGCAACCAUGUGUGCCGUGCAAAAAUCACAUCAGAACUGGCUAAAGUUAUUAAUGAUGGCUUAUACUACUAUGAACAGGAUCUGUGGAUGGAGCAGCGUGAAAAUGACACUUUGAUGAAGCAAGAGAUUGAGAACUUUAAGAAGCUAAAUCUCAUUAGUAAGGAGGAAUUUGAUAAUCUUGUACCAGAACCAAUUGCUGAUCCAACCCAGGAAGUUCCUGCGGGACCACAAGGAUCAUCUAAAGCUGAGGAGCUGCCUCGCAGUUUGUUCAGCAUUGAUGCACCUCCAGCAGCACCAGUCGCUCGAUCGCUGCCAACAGCAGUUCCAGAUUCCCCCUGUGUUUACCCUGGCUUCACCCCACGAACUCCUCGCACCCCAAGGCUACAGGAUCCCAACAAAACACCCAGGUUCUACCCUGUAGUUAAAGAACCACGAUCCAUUGAUGUAAAGAUUCCAAGAAAGAGGAAAACACGACACAGUACAAAUCCUCCCUUAGAAUGCCACGUUGGUUGGGUGAUGGAUUCCAGAGACCACAGGCCAAGAACUUCCUCUGUGAGCAGUUCCAAUGCUUCGCCUUCAGAAGGAGCUCCACUAGUAGGAAGUUUGGGAUGUACCCCAAAUUCUCUUCCAAAAUUUCAGCAUCCUUCUCAUGAACUGUUAAAGGAAAAUGGCUUCACUCAACAGGUGUACCACAAAUACCGACGGAGGUGUCUAAUGGAGAGGAAACGGUUGGGAAUUGGCCAGUCCCAAGAAAUGAACACACUUUUUCGUUUCUGGUCCUUUUUUCUGAGAGAUCAUUUUAACAAGAAAAUGUAUGAAGAAUUCAAACAGCUUGCUCUAGAUGAUGCAAAAGAACACUAUAGGUAUGGAUUGGAAUGCUUGUUUAGAUUUUACAGCUAUGGCCUAGAAAAGAAAUUCAGGCAAGAAAUAUUCAAGGAUUUCCAAGAAGAAACAAAGAAAGACUACGAAGCUGGUCAGCUAUAUGGACUGGAAAAAUUUUGGGCUUAUCUAAAGUACUCUCAGCACAAGACUCCAUCCAUUGACCCCAAACUACAAGAAUACCUUAGUAAAUUUAAGAGACUGGAGGACUUCAGAGUGGAUCCUCCUAUAAGUGAAGAAUCUGGCAGAAAGAGACUGGUUGCCACAACAGGCGAGGAUCUGGGUCAUCGCAGACACCAGUUGAGUACUUCUAAACCGCUGCUUGCCUCUAGACCCACGGCUGCCUGCCAGCCCCAGGCCCUGGGAAAUGCUACCAGUGGGAAUACUGUGCAAGCACCCGCAGGCCACAGCAGUGCUGCCAGGAAAUCUAUAGAAAAUGAUGUACCAGAAAAAUAGGCUUCAGAAGAUCUUGUGCCCUUGAGGAUCAACUCUCGCACCUCUCAUGAUACGGAGAACUUCAAGGCAAGCCAGUCUAGUACAUGAUUAAAAAUGUAUGGGAAGACAAAAGAUGGGAUUCUCUCUUUCACAGGAUUUAGUUCCAAAACACACACCCUAGGAGAGUUGCUCUUGGGUUUUGGGAUCAUCAAAAGAAACCUAGGGAAGAUUCUUUGGCUUCAGUAUUGCUUUCCUCAAGCUUUUGUUUACAAAGAACUGCAUUCCUUGCAUAUGCAAAAAGUACUUUGGGGGAUGCCUUACAUUUCAGCUGGUAUUUCUUAAAAAAAGGUAUGAUAUUCCAUGUUAAUUACUGUGCUUUCUUUGCCCAGAUUUGCCCAUUAUUUGUAUUUUACCAAAGCAAACAAGAUUCCAUUCUAUAUAGAAUUAUAAAGGUAAAGGAAGGAUCCACAUGGUUGCUUUGCUCUCGAAUCUAACUAUUCAGAAGUAUGGGGUUGUGCAAAAGCACACUUGGGAAUGUGCAGCCUUAGCUGAAACUGCAUUUCUGGAUUCUGUUUCAAAACAUAGUUUCUCUAUUUUUCAGGGUCUCCAUAGUUAGUAUUUUAUUAAGCAGGGACUCUGAGUGGACAUUACUGGGAUAAUUUUGCAGAUGCUUCAGUACUGGUUCUUAACUCCAGCAAUGGAAAAAUGCAGAGGAAAAUGGAUCUGUUGAUUUCCUAGUGUCUUAAAUUGCCUAACAGCAUCUACAGUUUGUGCAGGUUGUUAAAAUAGGAAGCUAUUCAAAUUAUGCUCUGCUUGAGAGGUGUCUUCAUGAUCACUGGAGAAUUCAAAUGAAGUAGUUAAACAGGAGAGGCUUAACUUUUAAAAAAUAUUUU